AUGUGGGAGGCGCCUGCUAACAUGCAGGCUGUUUACGACGACAGCAACCCCGCGUCCCGCGAGGCACGGCGCACGGCGCGAGCGGCGUGUGAGAUGUUGAUUGGCUACGCGAGGGCGACGUGCAUCACUCCGCGCGACCUUUGCGCGCUUUUCGACAUCCGCAACCCCAUUAUCAUUGAGCGGAUGGAGCGCGCAAGCCCGCCUCUCGAUCUCAACUCAGCUCCGCCCCCUGCUCUCACUCACGCAGACACCCCGCCGCCUGAGACUCCUCGUCGCCGUGGUCGGGUGCUGCCGGCGUGGAUGACUGUGCCCACCCCUGACUGGGUGGCGCUGUCGGCCCGCCGCCAGGAGCUGAUCAACGCCGGUGCUCCCGCUGUGAUGAGCGGCUACCUGGCCGCAGCCGAGUGGAUGAGGCUGUGA